AUGAACAUCAAAAGUAAUUUAAGCAGCUUAAGCAGUAUUAAUAGCAUUAGUAGCAGCAGCAGCAGCAACAACAACAACAACAAUAAUAAUAAUACUAACAACAACGACAACGAUAAUGAUGAUAACAUAGUAUCAUUUCCAUUGCUAAUUUACGACAUAAAAACUACGAUUAUUUGUCGGGCGAGCGCUGACGAUAGCCUAUGGACAUUGAAAAGGAACAUCCUACUGACCAAUGAAACCGCGAACUUCAAAGAUGGCCUCAACUACGGAUUCUACACACCGGCUUCCGACGGCCGGAUUGGGAAAUUCCUGGAUGAAAACCAUCGCAAGACAUUCAUGGGCGCAAUUAAUAGCAACAGCAAUAAAUUAAAUGACGUCAUCAAGAUGUUGAAGAAAGGUCAUGACCCCAACUACCAGGAUGCUAAGACAGGAGAAACACCGAUGACGUCAGCAAUUCUGAGCAAAUGUAGUACGGACCUUCUGCUGCAUCUUGUUAGCGAGGGGGCUCAUCUGGAUUACCGCAACUCUCGCGGGGACACACCUCUGCAUGUGGCUGCCGUAUCAGGGAAUGUUGUCGCCCUUAAGACCGUCCUUGACCUCGGAGCCUCGCCCAACUCAAGGUCAUCGGAUAACUUGACCCCUCUGCAUCAGCUGUGUAGGGCGCGCGACGUCGAACUCGCCAACUACUGCGUGCAGAUGCUACUCGAGAACUACUCAGUUGUAGAUGUGGCCGAUCAAGCCGGAAAUACAGAACUGCAUCACUCGUGUCGCCUGGGCAGGCUGCAUAUAACGAGGAAGUUGAUCGUCUACGGAGCCAACAUCAACCGACAGAAUGAAACCGGAAAUACGCCAUUACACGAAUUAAUAGCGCGAAAACUGUUAGCGUACGGCGCCCAAAAAGACAUCAACAACCACUCGAAUUUGGACGCCUACGGAAGCGCCGUGACGAUAUCUAGCGAUUAUCUCGCCGAAUAUAUCGCCAAUUUUAAACCGUCGGAUAUUUGUGAGUGA